AUGGCCUCCGCCAAGGAAGAAGCCGCAUCGAUGCCGGCAGCGGUACCGGCUACUGCUUUUCCUCCUGCACCUCCUCCACCACCACCACCGUCGUCCGAUGCUCAUCCACCGCAAUCCCAGUCCUCUGCGACCGCCUCGCCGAGAGGGUUAAGUAGGCGCUCCUCCUCCUACGACGGACGCUCGCCAGCGUCCCCGCGCUCGCUCUCCCGGAGGCAGAGCACCAACGAGCGCAUUAACGAGAUAUUCGAGAACGCACGAGGCCGCGCACAAGCCAUGGGCGGCGGACUCUCAACAAGCCGCUCCGCUCCCGCCAGCCCCCCGCGGCACUACUCCCGCGCGGAUGGCUCUCACAAUGAGAACGUCGGCAUCAUCUCCCGCGGCCCGGACCGCAAUUACCAGAGCAUGAACUCGGCGCCGCAACCGUCCGCCGUAACCACCACAGCGACGACCCCGGAGCUGGCCGGCAUGCGGCCGCGCAAGUCGGUUCAGUCGGCGAGGAACUCCCUGCCGGCGCAGGCCGAGGAGGAAGGGGAGGACGAAGACUACGAUGCCGUGGUCGCGCGGGAGGAGCGGGAGAGAGAAGCGCAGAGGAAGGAACCCUGGUACACGAUCCUGCUGUCCAGCUUCCAGAGCAUUGAGCUGGAGAACAAGGGCAGCGUGGCUCGCGAUCACCUGGCGCUCGAACGAACAUUCCUCGCAUGGCUCCGCACAUCUCUCGCCUUCGCCUCCAUAGGCAUCGCCGUGACGCAGCUCUUCCGCCUCAACUCGUCCCUCUCGACGCCGGGGACCGACGACCCGAACAGCCACACCCUCCGCCAGCUGGGCAAGCCGCUCGGCGCGACGUUCCUGGGCAUCAGCAUCCUCAUUUUGUUCUUGGGCUACCAGCGUUACUUCCGCGCGCAGCAGUGGGUGAUGAAGGGCAAGUUCCCCGCGAGCCGCGGGACCAUCAUCAUCGUGUCCAUGGUGGCGUUUGCGCUGAUGGCUGUGAGCUUGGUUGUGGUUGUGGUUAUGACGUCAAAAAAGCCGAGCCAGCUGCACCUCACAUUGUGGGGAACCCGCACAGAACCACUUACAACAGGCGCAGACAACGACACACACUCUUUCAUCUCGACCGCAGCUCCCUCACCUCACUUUCCCACAAUCUCAGUAUCACCACCCAUUUACUCGCGCGCACAACCCCUCUCCCCCCCCUCCUUCGCAACAACCCAACUCACCCUCCUCGAGGCCGAACUCGCCGCAGAAGUCUCGGAAUCGUCCGCCCUCGUCUCCUCGCACUCCCCCACGGCCCUCCAGCGCGCAGGCCUCGCCCUGCCCAACCUCGUCGUCACCGCCCGCCGCACAGGUCUAGGCGGCCGCACCGUCCUCGAAUUAUCCUCCGAUCCCGCCGUUGCUUCUUCUUCCGGUGAACUACCCGAGCAUGGCCUCCGUCCGGGGGACAUUGUGCUCAUCUCGGAGCAGCCCGCGGGGAAUGCGAAGAAGAAGGAAGUCAAAGAGCUCGAGAGUAAAGGGGCGAGAGGGGUGGUUACGAGGGUUAGGAGGGAGGUUGUUGGCGUUGCUGUUGAUGAGGGGAAGGGGGAGGAGAGGGAGUUUACGGGGAGGGUUUGGAUUGUCAAGGUUGCUGACGAUGUCACGUACCGGAGGAUGAGCCAAACCAUGGGCAAGAUCGAAAAGAUGACGGAAUCGGAAUACACGGCCUUCAUGCGCGUCCUCUUCGGCCUCUCGAGCCCGUCACCGGUGCCCCCGGACCUAGCAUCCGACACGGAGCUCGCAAAGAUCCAAUGGAUCGACCCGUCUCUCAACGACUCCCAAAAGGACGCCAUCCGGUUCGCCCUCGCGUCCCGCGAAGUUGCCCUCAUCCACGGCCCGCCAGGCCUCAUCAAGCUCAAUCUCCGCAUCCUCGUCUGCGGCCCCUCCAACAUCUCCGUCGACAACAUCGUAGAGCGCCUCGCCCCGCACAAGAUCCCCAUCCUCCGCCUCGGCCACCCGGCCCGCCUCCUCCCCAGCGUCCUCGCCCACUCCCUCGACGUCCUCACCCAGACCUCCGAGGCCGGCGCCAUCGUCAAGGACGUCCGCGCCGAAAUGGACGCAAAACAGGCCUCUAUCAAAAAAACGCGCAACGGCCGCGAGAAGCGCCAAAUCUACGCCGACCUCAAGGAGCUCCGCAAGGAAUUCCGCGAGCGCGAGCGCGGCUGCGUCGCAAACUUGAUUCGCGAGAGCAAAGUCGUCCUGGCGACGCUGCACGGCGCGGGCGGACACCAGCUCCGGGACCAGCAGUUCGACGUCGUCAUCAUUGACGAGGCGAGCCAGGCGCUCGAGGCGCAGUGCUGGGUGCCUUUACUGUCGGCCAAGAAGGCCGUUUGUGCCGGCGAUCAUCUGCAGCUGCCGCCGACGAUCAAGUCGCUCAAUUCCAAGGUGAAGCCGGCGGCGGCAGCAAAGUCAGCGGCCCCCAUAGAAGACGCGGAGAAGAAGCAAAUCAAGGGCAUGACGCUGGAGACGACCCUGUUUGAUAGGCUUCUCGCCCUACACGGGUCAUCCAUCAAGCGUAUGCUCACCACACAGUACCGCAUGCACGAGAACAUCAUGAGGUUCCCGUCGGACGAGCUCUACGAAGGAAAGCUCAUCGCCGCGGAGGCGGUCAAGGAGCGCUUGCUCAGAGACCUGCCGUACGAGGUCGAGGACACGGAAGACACCAACGAGCCGGUCGUCUUCAUCGACACGCAAGGGGGCGACUACCCCGAGAGGAGCGAGGACGACGACAAGGACGCCGUCAAGAAGGCAAAGUUCAGCUUGCACGGGGAGAGCAAGAGCAACGAGAUGGAAGGGGCCUUGGUCCGGCAACACGUCCAGAAGCUGGUCGACGCGGGAGUGAAGCCAGAGGACAUCGCCGUUGUGACCCCUUACAACGCUCAGCUCGCCAUUUUAGCGCCCCUAAAAGAACGGUUCCCUGGCAUCGAGCUGGGCAGCGUUGACGGCUUCCAGGGCCGUGAAAAAGAGGCCGUCAUUGUCAGCCUUGUACGGAGCAACUCCGUAGGAGAAGUAGGGUUCCUGGGCGAGAAGCGCCGACUGAACGUGGCGAUGACGAGACCCAAACGCUCGCUGACGGUGAUCGGAGAUUCAGAGACAGUCAAGAGAGGCAGCAACUUUCUCAAACGGUGGAUGGAUUUCCUCGAAGAGAACGCUGAUCUACGUUACCCGGAUUUAUCGUCACUUCAAGGGUCCUGA